AUGUCUUUACCAACUCUCCCAACCGAAUUACUCUCAUGCAUCGCCACCCACCUCCUCCCAUCGGUACAAGACGUGGAUUCUCUAGCCAAAGCAUCUAAAAUCCUGUACGCAAUCACUAACCCCAUUCUCUACCAUCACCAAAUCUUUCAUCAAGAUAGCUCGGCCUUAAUAUGGGCCGCCAAACACGGCAAACCAGACCCCUGCAACCGGCUGCUGCAAGAAGGCGCCAACCCCAACACCCAAGAUCCGCAGCACAGAACGCCCCUUUCAUGGGCAGCCGGAAACGGCCUGCCUUCUGCUUCCACGGCGUGGAAUUCGCCCAGGCCAACAACGGAUGCCGUGCAUUUAAAGGCGGACGAUUACCUCGCUAUCGUGAAACUCUUACUAUCGACGAAAGACAUCCAGCCUGAUUGCCGGACCCAACGCGGGGAAACACCCCUUACGGUUGCUGCAGCAGCGGGAGCAGAAGAUGUAGUAGAGGAGUUGCUUCGCACGGGGAAGGUAGACGCAAACUCAAAGGAUCGGUUCGGGCAAACGCCGCUCCUAGCAGCAGCCCGAAACGGGCAUCUAGGGAUCGUCAAGCGCCUCCUGGCAAUUAAAGGCGUGGACGCGGACGCUAGAUCCCAGAGCGGAGAUAGCCCUCUCCUGGCCGCCGCGGGGAACGGACACGCGGGGAUCGUGAAAGUGCUUCUUGCUAUCCCUACCGUGGACCCAGACCAACAGCCUCGUUUUGGAGACCGGGCUCUAUUAACUGCCGUUGCUGCUGGGCACACGGAUGUUGUGGAGGCGCUUCUUGCUAUCGAGAAGAUUGAUCCGAGCUUGCCGAAUAAACAGGGAGUUACGGCACUCGUGAGGGCUGCGCAACGAGGACGGACGCAUAUUAUGCGGUUGCUGCUUGCGAAGGGGGUCGAACCGGACGGGAAGGACAGGGAGGGUAGUACGCCGCUUAUGAUCGCUGCUGAGAGGGGACAUGUCGAGGCAGUUGAGCUUUUGCUUUCUACCGGUCGGGUGCAGGCUGAUUUCGACUUGACAAAGAGGAAUAGGUCGUCUGUUUUCGCGCCGUCGGAGUUGAAUGAGGAUGUUGUUCGGGUGUUGGAUGAUUAUAAGAGCCGGCGUCGAGGUGGCUCCUCGUUGGAUUCUUAA